GUGACUUUCACUUUUAUGUGAGUCUAACCCUAACCCACUUUCUGUUAAGGUAUCUUUACUUUUACUCAAGUAUGACAAUUGAGUACUUCUUCCACCACUGACUUUCAAAAUACAGAAAGUGUCACAGUAUGAUGUGCUUUACAUGGUAUUUUCCUUUUAUUAAUUAGCCAAGUAGCUAACAGCUUGUGGCUAUUGGCUAUGCUAAACUGAGUUGGGGUGGAAAAACAUCCCCCAAGCAGGAAGCCUUUUCUGCUGUGCAGGCCAAUUAAGCAUUGGGUAUAGGAGAUUCAGAGUUCACACAAAUUCAAAGUUCACACACAUUCUGAUUUAACAGCUCAUACAGAUCAAUGCCUGGCAUUGGGUCCCGUGUGGCUCAGUUGUCUUCCUGCAGCGAUGGUUGUGGGUUCGAUUCCCACGGGGACCAGUAUGGGGAAAAAAAUGAAAAUGUAUGCUCUGGAUAAAUGUAAAAUGUAAUGGAGUGAGGAGAGAUUGAAUUGAGUACAUUUCCAUGUCACUCAAUAUUACAUCCCAUUGGGUGGUGGAACCUCCCCUGAGUGACAGCCAUUCAAAGUUAUUCUAGAUUGUCUUCAGCUUGACCCUCAUGACCGGGUUCAUUCCCAAGGGUGUAUGCUAGGAUGUGUAAAUUGAACUAUUGAACCAAUCGAUAGACAGUUUGAAACAUGUUUUUGAGAGACCUAGGAGUUGUUUCAAACCUGCGUCUGAUUCUUGGCUCUCCUUUCACAUCACACAAUUGUUGUCAAUCAAUCAAUCACAUUUAUUUACAAAGCCCUUUUUACAUCAGCAGAUGUCACAAAGUGCUUAUACAGAAACCCUGCCUAAAACCGCAAACAGCAAGCAAUGCAGAUGUAGAAGCAGAGUAACUAGGAAAAACUCCCUAGAAAGGCAGGAUCCUAAGAAGGAAACCUAGAGAGGAACCAGGCUCUGAGGGGUGGCCAGUCCUCUUUUGGCUGUGCCGGGUGGAGAUUAUUGCCAUCAAGGUCAGAUUGUCUGGUCUACCUGAAAGAUAUAUUUUUAUUCCGUAGAUAGUGUGCACAUCGCUGAGCCUACCUUGUGUCAUGCUAUUUGCGUGAUACAUUUCGCAACACUUUUUCCCCCAGUUUUUUUCUGUUCGGUUAUGUGGGAACAAACUCACAGUCAAUUUUAUAUCUCCCAAUGUUUUUAAUGAAUGUCUUCAGUAUAACUCUGUAGGAUCUCACCUCUUCUCAGUAGCCUCAGUACAAGGAGUGACCUUGAGAAAUGUCAAGCCUGUAAGUUAAUCACCGUGUUAGACCUUAAUACAAAUACCAUAAAUGUCAAUUUGGCAUCUUCACUCAGUUGAGGGACACAUUUAUUUCAAUAUCAUGAGUUUUGUAAGCUGUUACCAGAAUUUGUAUAUUUUGGAUCUGAUUGGGAGGCAGACAGUUCCACCUCAUUACCUGUUCGCAUGUUAUAGCCUAUUAUUUAGAAUUCCCAUCAUUCACAGAAGGGAUCAUCAACUAUAUUCAGUCGGGGGUCAGUUUUUUUUCUUGAGCUGAUGGUCGGGGGGAAGGAACAUGAUUAUAAAUAAUUUGUAGACUGCAAUUUGACCCCACGUAGCCCAAACAAAUACAAUAUUUGACUAAAACAAUCAUUUCAAACCGUGCUUACAUUUGUGGGCAGUUACACGUGCCUCUCUAUUAUGCUUGGGAAUACUUGGGAACAGAUUUCCAAAAUUUAAAUCACUUGGAGUUGAUUUCAUGAUGUUUUACAGUCUUUUAUGUCUAAUAAUAAAACCACUUGCAGGCCAAAUUUGGCCCGUUUACAGGUUGACUUGAUAAUAUUUGACUUCAGGUACAUAUUCCAUCGACUGUUCCCUUUACCAAAUAAACAAUAACCUGUUAUGUUAAUGUUGGUGUAGUUGGCUGAACACAAAUAUCCUUUAUUGUUGUAUAAUUUUGAAGCUAUAGCAAAUGAUUAUGACAGAAGACACAGGUAGAGCUAGCUAAAUGUGACAGGUGGAUCUACCCUCUUCUUCACAGAGCGAAUUUCUUACAUCCCUCCGCAACAGCCCGAGGCGGGGAAAGUGUGCCUUGACUUCCUGUGACUAUAUAUGGAGACCACCGGUAUAGCAUGAGUGAAGAAGAAAACAUCUCCGGGAAAAAUGAGAGCGUUUGUCUGUGAUCAAAUAAAAUUAAUUAACGUUUAUUGCGGCCGAUGACUAUCUCCUAUCUUAAAGAGACAAACACGUAUUUUCCGUCGAUUUUGUUGUGCUAAAACAGGAACUCAGAGACGCAAGCAAAAACAUACGCACAUCGCAACUGUGAAUGAGAAAGCUACAGGUAGUGAAUGAGCAUGACGACGUUGCUGGACCUGAAGAGCAGUGUUCUGAGGCAGGUUCAGAGGAGCCAGUCUCUGAGGGGGAGGAGGGAGCCAGCAACCUCAGCAGCCAGCAGCAUCCCUGUCACACACUUCCCUGACCAGUUACCUCACGGGCUGUCUGAGGGGAAUGGAGAGUUCUUUGUGCGUAUGAAUGGCAUCCUCCAGAAACAAGAGAAUCUGCUGCGUGCUGCCCAGGCUGAGUGCGAAGGGGAAGGUAACACAGCCGCACCACCAGCAGAGCACGUAGACCAGGCCUUCGUUCCAGAGAGGUCCAGCAGGAGAGAGCUGGACCUCCUGUAUGAAGAGGCUGUUUACACGGUAGUCAACAGGGUGGGCGUGCCCUCGCCAGAGUACAUCACCAAUGAAGGCGACAUCUUCAGUUAUCUGCUGAAGGUAUUUGAUAUGGGUCAGGAGGAACAUGACAUCAUUCUGCAGAGAGUCCAAGAAUCCAAGAGAGCCAGUUUCACCAUGAGAGUGUCUGUCAUGAAAGGGAAAAAUCUAAUGGCGAAGGAUGCAAAUGGGUACAGCGACCCCUAUUGCAUGCUGGGAAUCCUCUUGGGCCAGAGCCCUCGGGAGACAGAGGAUAAGAAGGAGAGGAAGUUCAGCUUCAGGAAGAGGAAGGAGAAGCUGGAGAAGAGGUCCAGUACCAAGGAGGUUCUAGCAGCCACGUGCAUCCAGGUGACUGAGGUCAAGCCAGAGACUCUCAACCCAGUCUGGAAUGAGCACUUUGUUUUUGACAUUGAUGAUGUCCAUGGUGAUCUACUGCAUAUGGACAUAUGGGACCAUGACGAUGACGUCUCUGUCGCAGAGGCCUGCAAAAAACUGAAUGAAGUCAGUGGACUUAGAGGAAUGGGCAGGUAUUUUAAGCAGAUUGCCAAAUCGGUGCGGUCCAAUGGGACGUCGUCAUCGGGAUCAUCUGAAGACAAUGCUGAUGACUUCCUGGGCUGCAUCAACAUUCCACUGAAUGAGAUUCCUGUGAUGGGAUAUGACAAGUGGUUUAAGCUGGAGCCCCGAUCCAGUGCCUCCAAGGUCCAGGGAGAAUGUCACCUGAUUCUGAGGCUCUUCACUACCCAGAGAGACACUACACUGAGUAAGAGGGAAUCCAAAGAAGUCAUUCAUAAGAAGAUGCUGAGUCAGAUUCUGGAGUACGAGCAUGCUCAUAUUCAGAAAGAGCCUUAUAACUGGAAUGGGCAGGUGAGUCCUCCAGCAUGGACUGUGCUGUCCCAUCAUGCUGUGCAAACUGACCUCUCACCCCUGCAACAGGCCAUCAUUCGCUGGCAGUGCUAUAGCAGCCACCACCGGUCCCAGAGGAUGUGCUACACUCUGCUGCUGAGGCUCCUGAGGACCAUCGAUGCAGAGUGGGAUCCCCAAGCUGUGCAGGGAGACCUGGAGCGGCAGCUGUCGGACAGCUUCAGGCUGUACACGGACCACUGUCUGUGUCUGAUGAAGAGCAUGCGCCAGGUGUUCCCCUGCACCAGUCCAGCUGCCGUCACACGCUGCGAACUCAUGCUGAGGAGUGUAGGACACAUGCAGACCAUGCCGGCCUUCAAGACUGCGUGCCCCCUUCGAAAUGAACUGCAUUUGGAAAUUGCCACUGUUGUCAAGAAAGGUACAGUGGAGUGGUACGAGAGCACAAUUUCACAAUUCAAACCAGAGGACGGGGCUCUAGAGGAGCAGCUGGGGAGACUGGUCCAGGUGGUGGAUGCAGUGUGUGCAGAUGUACAGAGGGGACAGAACGUCUACAACAAGCUCUUCUACAGUGCGAUGAAAGUGGAUUUCUUCAGCAUCGCGUACAGACAGUUGGAGAAACUGGUCGCGGACGACGUGAGCGUUGCCAUGGAGAAGGUGUGUGGCACUCUGGAGCAGGAGAGCUCCAGGUUAACUCAGACCAUGGGAGAGACUCUGUUAGAGCUCUACAUGUCUCUGAAAAUACUCAAACGCUUCAGAGAGUUCCUCCCUCUCAGGGACACAAAGAUGAUGGCCUUGACUGGCUAUCACAACUGGUUCAAGACAUCUAUCCACAAGUGGCUGCAGAUAGUCCAUGACAAGUCUUGUGACAGGAUCCGCAGAGCAGUAGACAUGGAUCAACUGGAGCCAGUACAGCAGGCCAAACACAGCUCCUCGGCGGUGGAUGUGACAGCGUGUUUCAGCCAGGUGCGGGAGUUCUGGAAACAGCUGUCCUGGCCAGACUCUGCAGGGGCCUUCAUCUUUGUCACCCGACUGACAGACAAUUUCUGCAGCGAGGCCGUGUGUUACUCAGAGAUGAUAAAGCGCAAGAUUGAGAGGAGCCAGCAGGGUCGAGACAUCAAGAGCCUGACGGUGCAGCUGUGCAUCGCCCUGAACAACACAGAGCAUGUGCGUGUGUUCCUGGGCCACCUGCCUCGGGACCUGGACUGGCAGGGUGUGGAGCAAGCCAUGGAGGAGUCUUGCGGGGCGGACGGGAAGGAGCAGGUCAACAAGGCCCUGAACGGACAGCUCUACAACGUGGAUGCGGACCUACAGAGGGAGGCCAAGCGCCUCAUCACUCACCUCACAGACAAGAUGCUUUCAGAGCUGAAGAGGUACCUCCAACACAUCAGCCUGUCCCCUGACUCCAUCAACAACGAUGAUGCCGUGUCCCCCCUCAUGAAGUACUUACGUGACACUUUAGUCAUCCUCAGCGAGUCUCUGGUGAAGGAGAAUCUGGCUAGAGUUCUCCUCGGCAUGUGGGAGCUGCUCCUCAGAAUGAUCCUAGACACGGUGGCGGAGAACAUGGGAGUCCAGGUGGAGUUCUACAACCGCUUCCAGUACACUGUGGAGACCCUGGUGCUGUUCUUCUGUGCUGAUGGAGAGAGACUUGCCAUAGAAGAUCUGAAGAACCAUGUCGACUACAAGGCUCUUGACGAGGAGCUGAGGCUGAACAAGUGUUCGUCCUUUGAGCUGAUCGAGCAGUACUUCCUGGAGAAGAUCUCUCAGCAGAGAACAUUGAAGCACACCCGCUUUGGCCGCAUCAGUGUGAAGUGUUACUAUGAUGCUUCUGAGCAGAGGCUCACGGUGGAGAUCCUGCAUGCCGCCGAUCUCAUUGCCUUGGAUGCCAAUGGGCUGAGUGACCCCUUUGUCAUCAUAGAGCUCUGUCCCCACCACCUCUUCCCCAUGGCCAAGAGCCAGCGCACCCAAGUGAAGCUCAAGACCCUGCACCCAGUAUUUGAUGAGCUCUUCUAUUUCCAUGUCAGCCCAGAGCAGUACAGGCACAGGUUUGCCUGUCUGACUUUUACUGUGAUGGACUAUGAUUGGCUGUCCACCAACGAUUUUGCCGGGGAGGCCUUGGCCCCGCUCAGUGACUUCUGUUGGCCAGGGAGACCCAACGCCUCAGCGGCCGGAAAGACCAUCCAGCCGACCAUUCUGCACCUGGCCCGGAGCAAACCCAGCGAGAAGCCAAUCAUGCGGAUUUUGGACGCACGGACAGGAGACGGAGAGGCUCAGGAGUUUGUGAGGAAGCUAAAGGAGAUUGAGAAAUCCAUGGAAGAGGAGUGAAGCUGUCAGCACUGGUCUGGUGUAUUGGUGUAUUCUGACUACGUCUUUGCCACAUGUGCUUUUGUACUUGUUGUACUACCCGUAUGUUUACAAUGUUUACAGUUUUCAAAUCCUCUUGUACGUGCACUGAAAAUGUAAUGCUGAACAAAACACAGUGAGGCAUGACUUUUUAAAUUGGAAUACGAAUGUCCUGUCUCUGCUGUAUUUUUAUGCCUCAAAUCAAAUACUAUUUAUCACAUGCGCUGCGCCGUAUACAACAGGUGUAGACUUUACCGUGAAGUGCUUACUUACAAGCCCUUUCCCAACAAUGUGGAGUUAAAAAGUAAGAAAAAUCCAAGGGUCCUAUCUGAGAAAUAUGAGAAGUAGCUUAUCUUGUAAUUAUUAUUUUGUUUUCUAAAGAGCUCAUUGAAUGUUAUCUUUGUUGUAUUAUCUUUGUUGCAUUACAUCUCUAACAUCUAACUGAAUCUAAAACUAAUUUGUGAUUGAUAUGUGUUCAGUCGAAUCAUGUGGGUGGAACAAUCGUUGGGAAAAAAAUAUACACUCCCACUACCGUUUCUGAGUUUAUGGCGAAGUAGCACAAGGAUGUAACACUGCAAGGAAAAGCCAUCUGUAGCCAGGUUUUGUAAGUCAUCAGAAGGAGUAGUGUCACAUAUGGCUGCGUUUACACAGGCAGCCCAAUUCUGAAAUGUUUCAGAUCUUUUCACACCAGCUCUUUUUCAGAGCUGAUCUGAUCAGUCAAAAGAACAAUAAGUUACAGAAAAGAGAUCACAAUUUGGCUGCCUGUUUAAACGCAGCCUAUGUGACGCCAUCUGUGCUCAUUGAUGAUUGGAGGUUUAUAUCUCUUCAGAUUAUGAACCUUAUCCCUGAAGAAAAGAGUAUUAGUCCUCUAUUUGUUAUAUUGUAAAUGUGAACUACUUGCCUUGGAUUGUAAUGGAUUGUGCUGCUGUUCAUUGUACCAUUCAGAUGAAGCCGUAUAUAAAUAAAGAUUGUAUUUGAAUAUGAUUCACUAGCUCUUAUCACAUUUUGUUCUCCUUCGAAAAAUAUGUUUUCUUCUUUGUAGUGGACUUGCCCAUAUGACAUCAACAUGUCGCUCUUCAUGUUGCAUGAGUCUUUUUCUAAAUGGAAACCUAAAUGGACUCACAAACAUAUAGUAGCACUAGACACCUAGAAAAAAAAACAUUGAUUAGAAAUCUUCUGGGAAAACAGUCCUUUGUGUUUAGCUCUAAAUGCCAGGGUUCAUUUCGAUUGUCUUCCAGACCGAAAGAUUCCGUCUCUGUCAGUCUUGUGUCUGUCUACAUGUUCUCUCGCUUCUCCAUAUCUCUUUAUUUUGCUUUUCUCACUCUAUCUCUAC